AUGGAAUUUUAUCUACUGCGGCAUGCAUAUGCUACAGGUUUAUCUUCUGGAGUAUCCACGUCUGAGGCCCUGUCCUGCUGCAUUGACAAUUACCGAUUUACAGGUCUUUCUCGUCAACCAGCCAUGCAUGGGGCUGCACUGGUUCUUGCUGACUCAGGAAAUUUUAUUCAUUUGUUCGACUUGCGCUGUCGGCGACCGACAGCAGCCGGCUACGCUAUUGGCCAGCGUCUAGCUACCGGCGCCUCGCUUCUCCUUGGUCUCUCUGGAGAUGGUGUUGAUUCUAGGCUUGCCAGUUCUGCGGCUAGUCUUGAUGCACAUGACUUUAAUACUGCUAUCGGACUUCAACUUACUGAUACUCAGUUGGGCUACUCCUCGCUUUUGGACCGUCUUUCUUUUGGGCGCCGCUUUAGCCUUCGACAUGUUGGUAGUUCUAGCCACACUGUGGCAUUCUCAGCAUGCCCAUUUACUCAGUCUUCGAUGUUUCCUCUCUCCAAUCUAUAUGCUUCCACUGAUCUUCUUUCUCAAAUAACUGGUCUCAAUUCUGCUGCAGCAAUUCCUCCCCCCAUGGGCUCCACAACCGGCCUCCUUGGCAGCCUUCGCCACCUGGUUGUUCAGCCAGCGGGAUGGCUUGUGAUUGCCGGAUUUACAGGCGGCCUGAUUGCUGCAAUGGACAUCAGGACGGGCCAAUUAAUGCAAGUCUGGCGAGCUCAUUCGGAUCGUCUUUUAAAAUCCUGCCUUGUUGGUCUCCAUCCGAUCUGUUUGACAACAAGCGGCGAGGAGCUCCUCAUAGGUGGAAAUGCCGUACCGCCCACCUUGACUCUUAACAAUUUUACGAGUGGCUCAUCUGCAAAUUCUGCGAGUAGUGAACUUUCCCUUAGUUACUCCACUACUGCGCAGACGCCAGUUGCUUCGACUGCUCCUCCCUCUGGAUCCUCAAUAUUUCAGACUUCAGACGCUUGUGCUGUCAACGCAGUGACUUUGGCCAGUGGCCAGGAGGUCCGUCUGUCCGUCUUAUACUUGCCUCCUAGCCAUGCUUGA